CAACUAGGGACAAACAAGUUGCCGGGAGCACGAGGCACGACAACGACGAUGGCAGAGCAAGCGUACGACGAGCAGUCGCUGUGGCGCGACCGCAACAAGGUCCUCGUGGCUGGUCUGCCCAUGGCAGCAGAUGACGCUGCUCUGUCAGCCAAGUUUGAACCGUUUGGCCCCAUGUUCCAGGCCAAGGUGGUGCUCGACAACAACACGGGCAAGUCGCGCGGGUUUGGGUUUGUCACGUUCCAGACGUACGAGAGUGCCCUGGAUGCAGUCCGCGGCAUGGACCAGUCGGUAGGUCAAGCGUUCGUGGGGCUGUCAGCGUCACCAAAUCACCAUCCAUGUUGUGGCUACUGACCAAGCUUUGGCCGAGCUUAGAAAUGGGAGAAACGUGUGUUGAACGUCCGCUUCCUGACGCCGAAAACAGGUUCUGCGGGCAGUGGAGCCCCGGCCAAAGCAAGCGCCCCCAUCCUUCGCGCCAUCGAGCCUCGACCAGAAGGCUGCACGACCGUGUUUGUGGGCAAUAUGCCGUACGAAAUCACAGAAGAUUUGUUGCGCAAAGUCAUGAGCGUGUGUGGCGAGAUCAAAGCGAUUCGGUUUGCCGAGGACAUCACGACCAAGGAGUUCCGCGGGUUUGGCUAUGUCCAGUUCUUUGAAGGCGAGGCAUGCGAGAAAGCUGUCCAGACCUUGCACGGCGCAGUCGUCAUGGGCCGGCCGCUCAAGGUGGAUUACGGGGCCCGCGACGCCCCCCAAGUCACUGAGGCCAAGGAGGUGCUCCAAAAGAAGCUAAAGAAAGGGAUUUGCCACAAGUUCCAGCAAGGUCUGUGCGACCGAGGCGACGCGUGUAAGUUUGCCCACGUCGAGUCCAUCGCGCCAACCACAAUCGACCUUGCCGCCAUUGGGGCGACCACCCAUUCCACGAAAGCCCUCAACAACGUUCCGGACGACGCCCCCGUGUGCAUGGCAUUUCAAAAUGGCAAGUGCAAACGAGGGAAUCAGUGCAACUAUCGCCAUAUGCCGAGCGGAGCUGGGGCUACCGCCAGCGCGCCACAAGGCGCAGACGAACCCAUUUCCGACGACCUGGACGACGAUGAUGACGACGACUCGCCUAUCUGCCUGGCGUUUCAAAAAGGAAAGUGUAAACGUGGGGAAUUAUGCAAGUACAGACACAAAGCACCUCACGACACCACCCCAAAGUCAUGCCUCGUCCGCCCCGCCGCAUCAGCCGCCGUCGGCGCCCCUGUUGUCGACAGCAUGGCUUCAUUCCAGGCCGCCAUUCCUGUCGUUCGGUCCACAGGCUUGAGCUCCACCGCCACACAGACAAAGCACAACUCCCCGGCGAUUCCUUCGACCUCGGUAGAUACAUCGAUUCCAAUUUGCCAGAGCUAUCUCAAAGGCAUGUGCAAACGCGGAGGCAAGUGCAAGUAUCGCCAUGACACCGCUGGCGCGUCCACUCAACCGAACGACUCGAUUGAAGCGGAUGAACAAAUCGUGUGCCCGCGGUUCCUGCGCAAGGGGAAGUGCAAACGCGGCGACAUGUGCAAGUAUGUCCACACGAGCGAACCGAACGCACGAGCUGAAACGACGCCGAUGGCGCACCCGGUCGAGCAAGAGGAUCCCGAUUUGUUGAUCCCGACUUGCCUGAGCUUUCAAAAGGGUGCAUGCAAGCGCGGCGACAAAUGCAAGUUCCGGCACGUUACCCCCGUGGAGCCAUGCCAACGGUUCCUCCAAGGCAAAUGCACCAAAGGAUCGCUCUGUGCCUUCUCACAUGGCUCGGUGGAAGAUGCGCCACCGGCCAAGAAGGCCAAGUACUAGGGUAAAAUCGUCGUUGCCAGGAAAAUUGACGCGUCAACUGGAGCCUGUGCGUUUGAGAUUGAAUCAGUAUUCAACGUCUACAGGUCGGUGGUGGUGGCGGCGGCAGUUUUCCGAGCGAUCCCGACGGGUGGCGGCAGCGGCACAUCAACCACGGGCAAUAGCGGUUGAUGCGACGGAUGCAAACGGCGCUCUUCCAGAAAUGCUCGGCACGCCAAAUUGGAGUUGUACUGGAAAAAGGCAUUCCUUUGAAUCGAAUUGUGAAGAGUAUGGCAUA